CAUAUGGCUAGAUUUGCGUCAGGAUCGGUGGUUGCUUCUUGUGGUGCUAGCGCUGUUUUGAGCACUUGUGUAUAUCGAAAGUCAUCUGGAGACCAUCAACCAGGUCAAGACUUCGUACCAUUACUGGUUGACUUCAAACAAAGUGCUGCAGCGGUAGGCAAAAUCCCAACCAACUACUUACGUCGAGAACUCGGUCAGACAGAUGCGGAUAUACUUGCGUCCCGGGUCAUCGACCGUUCCCUUCGUCCUCUGUUUCCCACUGGCUGGGUGAAUGAGACACAGAUAGUGGUGAAGCCUCUGUCGGUCGACGAUGAUGGCGAUGUUGUGUUGCUUGGUUUAAAUGCUGCCUCUUCUUCGCUUCACCUUUCAGCUGUCCCCUGGCUCGGUCCUGUGGCUGCAGUUCGUGUAGCCCUCAUUGAUGACAAGCUUGUCCUCAAUCCAAGCCGGUCAGCAAUGAAGGGUUCAUCUAUGGAUUUGCUGAUAGCAGGUUGUGGUGAGCGAAGGACGGUAAUGAUUGAAAUGGAUGGAAAUGAAAUACCUGCUGAACAAUUGGAAACUGCUAUGGAUGAAGGUUUGGGUGCCAUUGAUAAGGUCCUAUCUGCUAUGAAUGAUCUCCAAUCUGCCGCUGGCAAAGAAAAAGCCGAGUUCUCCUGUUCCACUUUUCCACCUGAUCUUGAGCAUGAGGUGCGGGAACUGUGUGAGGAACGUUUAUACUACAUUCUAACAGAUCCAUCACACGACAAAAUCUCACGUGACGAAGCUAUCUCCGUCUGUCUUUCCCGUCUUCUAUUCAUUAUUAUGCGUCAAGUAUAUAGACUUAUUUUUGUUGCAGGAAGUUGGAAAAGAUCUGGGGACCACUCGAUCGAUUUCAGCGUGUUGAUACUCGAAAACAAUAUGCGAUGUGAUGGUCGUAAUCUGACCGAUGUACGACCUAUAACUAUUACCGUUGACUUAUACAAGCGGUUACAUGGCUCAUCAUUGUUUCAAAGGGGUCAAACCCAGGUGAUGUCUACGGUUACCUUUGACAGCCCAGCAGCUGCAUUCCAUUCGGAUUCAAUAUCACAGAUUCUUGGUGGGCAGCGGAAGAAAAUGUUCAUGCUCCAUUACGAGUUUCCCAGUUAUGCAACUAAUGAGAUUGCGACUUCCCGAGGGUCCAACAGAAGAGAGUUGGGGCAUGGAGCUCUAGCUGAGAAAGCGCUCAAACAUGUAGUCCCUAAGGAAUUCCCAUACAGUAUACGUCUUGCUUGCCAGGCAGGUUAUGCUGUAUUGGAAUCUAACGGAUCUUCCUCUAUGGCAUCUGUUUGCGGUGGGAGUCUUGCAUUGCUAGAUGCGGGAGUACCUAUAACAUCGUCAGUUGCUGGAGUAGCUGUAGGGCUAAUCACCGAUAAGGAAAAUGAAAAACCUCACAAAGUACUGACUGAUAUCUUGGGUAUUGAAGACUAUGCAGGGGAUAUGGACUUCAAAAUUGCUGGUUCAUCACGAGGAUUCACUGCAAUGCAAUUAGAUGUCAAGGUCCCCGGUUUAACCCGGGAACAACUCACUGAAGCUUUGGUGAGCGCUAAAGGAGGAAUCGAUCAUGUACUUCAGAAGAUGGCAGUAAUUCGUGAUAAACCACGAGAAGAAUUCAAACCUUCAGUACCAGUACUUGAAUCUAUGCGGUUAGAUGCAUACAAAAGACAGACGUUGUUCCGUUCUGGUGGUAUGCAUGCAAAGACCGUUGAAGCGGAGACCGGUGUCAAGAUCUCUCAUGAAGACGAUGCUCAUAUCAGCUUAUUUGCUCCAAACAAGCAACGUCUCGAAGAUGCCAAAACACUCAUUGCGAAGUUACUUUCCGAGACUGACGAGCCAAUGUUCGCCUUUGGUCAGAUGGUACCGGCUGAAGUAGUUGAGCUACAGGAACGAGGUGCUCUACUACAAUUAGCCGGUGUAGGUCGGCCUGUAUUCGUGCCCAAUUCUCAACUACACGCUCUACCUAUUCGUCACUCAUCCGCUAGCGGGCUUCAGGUACACUCAUUUUCUAGGUUUCGGUUUCACCGUCUUCCGAUGUGUAAUGGCGAUCUAUAUUUGUCUAAUGGGAAGGUAUUCAGAGUGAUUAAUUCGAAUAAAUUGAUGGUCGGUCAGAAGACAACGGUGCAGUGGUUGGGACGUGACGCUACAACGGGUCAAAUACGACUUUCACGAAAAACCGUGACGUCAGUGGAUAUACCAGUUAGGACUCCUAAGAAGUAA